ACCCAGUAAUGGGCCGGGCCAAAUUAUUCAUCUUCAAAAAAUCCGACCCGAUUUAGCAUCCAUCUUCCACUGUGCUGAUCGUGCCAAAAUUGAAAGAUGAGAUGAAGGAAAUCUUCCGAUCCGUUCAAAAAGAACCAGGCAAGAAGAAGAAUGAGUUCUGCAACACUAAUGGCGGGCACAGGAAGAGCACUGCUGGGAUUUACCUCCGCAUCUAAACGCCUCUCUUUUCUCAGAACCACCAUUUAUGCUUUCCCCUUAAACCCCAACGUGGUUUUGCAGAGGUUUCGGCCACUCUGCUCCACUGCCACCGCCGCCGCAUCUACCGCCGGAGAGGAUACUCUGCAGCCGACGAAGCACAGCCUCUUAUUGGAAAGACUCAGAUUCAGACACCUCAAACACUCUGCAAAAGCAGAUGUCGCACCUCCAGCCAGUGGAUUGAAGGAGGUGAAGGGGAAUGGGCAGGGAGAGGCGGAGAGGAAAAGCGGGAAGAAGAAGGUGGUGGCUGCUUCGAGUUUUGAGGAGUUAGGGUUGAGUGAAGAGGUUAUGGGGGCAUUGGGAGAAAUGGGUAUUUCUUCCCCCUCUGAGAUUCAGACUAUAGGGAUACCUGCUGUGCUUCAUGGGAAAAGUGUAGUGUUAGGGUCGCACACUGGCUCUGGAAAGACUCUUGCUUACCUUUUGCCAAUUGUUCAAUUGUUGAGAAGAGACGAGGCAUCAAAUGGCAUCCUAAUGAAGCCGAGACGCCCUCGAGCUGUUGUUCUGUGUCCAACACGGGAGCUAUGUGAACAGGUCUUCCGGGUGGCAAAGUCCAUAAGCCAUCAUGCACGGUUCAGAUCUACCAUGGUAAGUGGUGGUGGGCGUUUAAGACCUCAAGAAGAUUCCUUGAAUGGCCCAAUCGACAUGGUUGUUGGAACCCCGGGUAGAGUUCUUCAACAUAUUGAGGAGGGGAACAUAGUUUAUGGUGACAUUAAAUACUUGGUGUUAGAUGAGGCUGAUACUAUGUUUGAUCAUGGCUUUGGUCCGGACAUCCGCAAGUUCAUAGGACCGUUGAAAACACGUGCUGCUAAAUCUGAUGGUGAAGCAUUUCAAACUGUCUUGGUAACUGCAACAAUGACAAAGGCAGUGCAAAAGUUGGUUGAUGAAGAGUUCCAAGGCAUUGAGCACUUGCGUACUUCCUCAUUGCAUAAAAAGAUUGCUUCUGCUCGGCAUGAUUUCAUCAAGCUUUCAGGAUCGGAGAAUAAGUUGGAGGCAUUAUUACAGGUAUUAGAGCCAAGUUUAGCCAAGGGAAAUAGAGUGAUGGUGUUCUGCAAUACACUGAACUCGAGUCGUGCAGUAGACCAUUUUCUUAAUGAAAAUCAAAUCUCAACUGUCAACUACCAUGGAGAAGUUCCUGCAGAGCAAAGGGUUGAGAACCUGGGGAAGUUCAAGAGUGAGGAGGGCGACUGCCCAACUCUGGUCUGCACAGACUUGGCUGCCAGAGGACUAGACCUAGACGUGGAUCAUGUCGUCAUGUUUGAUUUUCCUUUAAAUUCCAUUGAUUACCUUCAUCGCACAGGGAGAACUGCUCGCAUGGGCGCCAAAGGGAAAGUGACAAGUUUGGUUGCUAAAAGAGAUGUGCUUUUGGCAACCAAGAUUGAAGAGGCACUAAAGAAGAAUGAGAGCUUAGAGUCUGUGUCGGUUGACAGCAUUAAACGGGACAUUGCGAGAUCCCACAUAACAAAACAGAAGGAGAAGUUGGUUAAAGCGUCAAACACAAAAAACAAGAAGCAAAAGACAUCCUCAGACAAGGUAUCAUCAUCAUCUUCAAAUAAUACCAGCAGACAGAGAGGAGGAGUAGCACCUGUCAGAAAACCUUCAAAGGCAAAAUUUUCUGGCAAAGCACCAAAGACUCCAUCAUCAUCAUCAAAGCAGCCGAAAAGAGUAGUAAUCAAAGGAUCUAAGAAGAUAUCGAGCGCGAAGAAAAAGUCGGAUAGUAGAAAGCCCGGCACAUCAAAACUAAAUGUUGUUGGAUUCAGGGGCCGGAGCUCAUUGUCGAGUGAGAAGAGAAAUGUGAAGGCUGCUUGAUGUUUUUGUAUGUAUGUAUGUAUGGAUCUCCCCUCUUUGAGUCUUCACUCUUGAUUGUUUUUAGUGGGAGCAUAUUUAGGGGCUGUUUGUUUCAGCCUCUUAAUGGUUCAGAUGUCUGAAUGGUUCAGCACUUAAUGGUUCUGUUUGUUUUAGCCUCUUAAUGGUUUAGAUGUCUGAAUGGUUAAGAGAUUUGCCUCUGAAUGGUUAAGUAUUAUACAGAGUCUGAAUGGUUAAGACCUCUUAUCUGAAUUGAUCAGACAUUUGCCUCUGAAUAGUUAAGCAAUAUACUAGCUCUUAAUGGUUCAGACCUCUUACUGGUUCAGCACUUAAUGGUUCAGACCUCUUACUGGUUCAGCACUUACCCAUUCAGAAGUUGCCAAACAGCCCCUUAGUUUUUCUUUCAUCACUCUACACUACACUUAAUCAUGAUUAGGG